CGUCUCCACCCAUUAUAACCUCAACUUCAAUAUCAAACAUCGAAGCCGAUAUAUAUAGAACAUCAUGGCAGGCUCAUCGCGCAACGCAUCGCCCAUCAAGCGCCUCAUGACUGAACUCCAAACCCUACAACACGACCCCAACGAUGCGCUUCUCGAACUCGGACCUACGGAUGAUGAUGUGAUGCAAUGGAGAGCCGUCAUGAAGGGUGUAGAAGGAACGGCGUACGAAGACGGCUGCUGGCUCCUUUCCAUCUCGAUUCCUUCGCAAUACCCCCUCUCUCCACCCACCAUCCGCUUCGUAACACCCAUCUGCCACCCCAAUGUCGAUUUCAAAACCGGCGAGAUCUGCCUCGACUUACUCAAGACGGCGUGGACGCCCGCGUAUACCAUCUCUAGCACCAUGACGAGUAUACACCAACUGCUCACUAGUGCUGAGCCGGAUAGUCCGCUAAAUGUGGAUGUUGCGCAACUGUUCAGGACAGGUGAUGAGGUUGGUGCGAGGAGCUUGAUUAGGUGGUAUACUAUUAGCGAGAGAUUUGACUGGAAGAAUAAGAGAUCUGCAUAUUGAUAUGGUCGAAGCAAGAGAUGGUAUGGCGCAGUUGGGCGUGGGUGACGCAUACAGUGAAUUUGUUUUGGCGUUUGGUUUUGAUUGAGAUACCUAUUACGGAGAGUACGCGAACGCUUCAUGUAUUCGCAAUGGAUUAUACUACCAACACAUCAAAUCUGGAUCGCGUAGGCCUGCUCCGUCCGUCGUAUGCGCUUUGAGCCGUGGAGCCUACUGUUGGUGGGAAUACCGUGCUGACCACUUCUCACAGCCGUGCCCAUCGUGAUACCC